AGGCAAAAGCUGCCUCUAAGAUAAAGAUAGUAUUGCGAAUUGCAUUACCAAUUUUCGUGGUCUGCGGUGCACUUGUAGUCGCCUAUUACAUCUUCAAAAGAAAGGCUAAGCUCAUAGGAAGCAACAGAGAAAAUGGUCAGAUAGAUAGUGGACAAAAGGAAGACAUGGAGCUUCCCCUGUUCCAGUUCACCACAAUAGCUAAUGCCACCAAUGGUUUUUCAUUCAACAACAAGCUAGGAGAAGGUGGUUUUGGACCUGUCUACAAG